AUGUGACUGUCCAACCAUCGCUCCUAAACCUGAUUCGAAUUCGCUCAUUCUUACCGCCUUCACCUAGCCCUGAGCACACACGUUCUAUAUGUCCGUAGCAAGCACUAGCACGGCAAGUGAUGUCUGGGAACAGUCUCUGCCAGAUGCAUCCUCUCUCGCGCACCGCGUGAAAGCCAAGGCUCCCGUGGCGGUUGUUCGUGACUCUUGGGACGACGACGAUGACGAAGACAAGGAGGAGGAGGACCCGCAGGCACUAUGGGAGAACGCUAACAAGAAGGCUCCCAUGCCCGAGUUAGUCAUGGUUGGGUCCGGCACGAGCACGGUCCUGCCACCGCCGCCCGCUGCAUUUCAGCCUACGCUGAAGAUCCUGAAGCGACCGACCGCCGGAGCGUCGUCGUCGGCUCCAGCUGCUCAGUCGGCCGUCGACGCACAGAAGUCGUACGCAGAGAGGGAGGCGCAGUACCAAGCCGCGCGCCAGCGUAUAUUCAGCGACAGCCCGCGCCAGGGCGGGGCAGAUGGACUAUCGAUUGAUGCAGAGCGGGGUGCUACUGUCAAGUCGCGUUCGCCACCGCCUGCGGACACGACCAGCGUGAAGGUCCUCCGCGCUCCUCGAGGACCGCCUAUGGAUCCCUCCGCCUCCUCAACGACAAAUGCCAAACCGUCGCGAGGGUUUGCGGGCAAACGCGGGGGACGUGGAGCACCACGAGGAUGAUUGAGACUGGUGCUAACUCUUUCUCGUGUUCGAUUUCUUACCCGUUA